AGCGAGGAGGAGGCCGGCAGCGAGGUGCUGAGCCACUGCAGCAGCGCCAGCGAGGGGGCCAGCCCCGCCGAGGAGGGCGCAGGGAGCGAGGCGGCAAGCGAGCAAGGCCAGGAGGAGGAGGUGGAGGACAGGCUGAAGGAGCACAUGGACAACCUCCUGGACAAGAGCGCCAAGACGCGGCAGGCGGCACUGCAGAGCCUGCGCCUGGCCUUCUCCUCCAAAACCCUCUCCGAGUUCCUGCUGGAGCGCCGCCUCACUCUCACCGACUCCCUGGAGAAGUGUCUCAAGAAAGGUAAAGGGGAGGAACAGGCGCUGGCGGGCACCGUCCUCACCCUCCUCUGCCUCCAGAUGGGCUCUGGCCCGGAGGCGGAAGAGGUGUUUCGCAGCCUGAAGCCCCUGCUUGUCAGCGUCCUGACAGACAGCACAGCCAGCCCCAGCGCCCGGCAGAGCUGUGCCACGGCCCUGGGCAUGUGUUGCUACAUUGCCGCUGCUGACCUCGAGGACCUGGUCUCAUGCCUGUCCUGCUUGGAGGGUGUCUUCAGCUCCCCCAGCGCAGGUGAGGGGGGCUCGGCACCUGCCCACCAUGGCCCUCUGCACUGCAGUGCGCUCCAGUCGUGGUCCCUGCUCCUCACCAUCUGCCCCCCCUCCCACAUCAAGAGUGUCUUGGACAAGAGGACUUGUGCCACCAAGAUACAGAGUUCCUGCGAGCCCAGCUCAAGGUUUUGGCUACAGAGAGCAGCAAGUACCGAGCCAAGACAGACCGACGGAAGCAGCGCUCCAUCUUCCGGGACAUCCUGCACUUCAUCGAGAGCGGGGAGUACCAGGAGGAAACCAUCCGAUUUGGCCUGGAGUGCAUGUACCUGGACAGCUGGGCACGCCAGCGGACCUACCAAGCCUUUAAAGAGGUGCUGGGCUCCGGCAUCCGCCACCACCUCCAGAACAAUGAGCUGCUACGGGAGAUCUUCGGCCUCGGGCCUCCCUUGGUGCUGGAUGCGGCUGCUCUGAAAGCCAGCAAGGUCUCCCGCUUCGAGAAGCACCUCUACAACUCGGCUGCCUUCAAAGCCCGCACGAAAGCCCGGAGCCGGGUGCGGGACAAGCGGGCGGAUGUGCUGUGACGGGCAGAGG